UUAGGAUACAUAUUGCAUGAACUUACCAAGUCUUCAAUCACACGUGCAGAUGUGUUAAAAAAAGGGACACAACUUAAAUUAUUGAUCAAGUUGAAUAACCUUACCGCUGUUUUCAAACCAAUGCGCUAUUCGCGCAAUUACUCAGUAAACGGAUUGCCUUACGAAGGAUAUGACAGACAUAACGGUGAAAUUGCAUCUUAUCAUAUAAGCAGAAUAUUGAACAUGAAGAGAGCGCCUCCAGUAGUUGGUAGAUUAAUUGACCUUAGACUAGAAAUAAUACCGGUUGCUACUCGGAGAUUAAAAAAAACUUUUUUUGUAAAAAAUGGCACAAACACCUGUUUUUUGGGAGAAUGUUUGUAUUGCAAGACAAAAAGUGAUGCAGCUUGUGGUAUCGGAAAUUUUAUGGAAGGAGCUAUGGUGUUGUGGUUACCUGGGAAUUAUACUUUAGAAAAGUUUCGUCAUCCCUGGAGCAGAACAUAUAAUAUAAACAAAAAAGCAAAAUGGGAAGCUCAAAACAAUGAAGUAAAUUACUGUAACAUAAUUAAAGAUGUGCCUAGAUAUAAAACAGGUCCGUUAUUGCUAGACAUCAUUGACACGUGUUUAUUUGAUUACAUAAUUGGCAAUGCGGAUCGCCACCAUUAUGAACGUUUUUAUGGUGAUAAUAAUUCUAUGUUGAUAUUAUUGGAUAAUGCCAAAAGUUUUGGGAAUCCUAAUUUUGACGAAGAAAGUAUUCUUGCUCCUUUGCUCCAAUGUAAAAUAAUUAGAAAAACAACUGCAGAACGUCUUGCUAUACUGAAACAGGGAACACUUACCAGAAUUCUAAAAGCUGUGUUGGCAUCUGAUCCAUUGGCUCCCAUUUUAACAAAUCAUCAUCUGGUAGCAGUGAAUAGAAGACUUGAUAAUAUACUUUUUUAUCUUUCUGUUGAUGAAUAUAAAUACGUUUAA